CCCCAGGUUACUGAGAUGCCUUCUCUGAGGAAACCCUGGCACUCCAUGGCAAAGGUGCUCAUCCUGGGAUGCCUCUUCACCGGCUUCCUUCUGCUGUUCUAUGCCUACGUGGCCCCCCUGCAAGUCAGCAUGACUGAGCCCACAGCUGAAACCUCCUGUUCUCCGCCGACGCCGCCCAUCAACAGCACCAGCGAAGGCUCCUGCCGGCCCAAGACGGACAUCGUGUUCAUGAAGACCCACAAGACGGCCAGCAGCACCCUGCUCAACAUCCUCUUCCGCUUCGGCCAGAAGCACAACCUCAAGUUCGCCUUCCCCAGCGGAUACAACGACUUUAACUACCCGGCCUUCUUCAAGCGCAGCCUGGUGCACAACUACCAGCCCGGCGACUGCUUCAACAUUAUCUGCAACCACAUGCGCUUCCGCUACCCCGAGGUGCGCGGCCUGGUGGCCCCCAACGCCACGUUCAUCACGGUGCUGCGCGACCCGGCCCAUCUCUUCGAGUCGUCCUUCCACUACUUUGGGAUGGUGGUGCCCUUCACGUGGAAGCUCACGGGCCGCAACAAGCUGGCCAAGUUCCUGCAGGACCCUCACCGCUACUACGACCCCAAAGGCUUCAACGCCCACUACCUCCGCAACCUGCUCUUCUUCGACCUGGGCUAUGACAGCGGGCUGGACCCCCGCAGCCCCCAGGUGGAGGAGCACAUCCUGGAGGUGGAGCAGAGGUUCCACCUGGUCAUGCUGCAGGAGUACUUCGACGAAUCCCUGGUGCUGCUCAAGGACCUCAUGUGCUGGGAGCUCGAGGACAUCCUCUACUUCAAGCUCAAUGCCCGUCGGGCCUCCGCUGUCCCUCAGCUCACCGGAGAGCUCUACCGGCGGGCCACCGACUGGAACCAGCUGGAUGCGCUCCUCUACCGCCACUUCAACGCCAGCUUCUGGCGCAAGGUGGAGGCCUUCGGGCGGGAGCGCAUGGCCCGAGAGGUGGCCUCCCUGCGGCGGGAGAACGAGCGAAUGCGCAGCAUCUGCAUCGACGGCGGCCGGGCCGUGGACGCUGAGGCCAUCCAGGAAUCGUCCAUGCAGCCCUGGCAGCCGCUCGGUACCAAGACCAUCCUCGGCUACAACCUGAAGAAAAGAAUCAGCCGGCGGCACCAACAGCUGUGCCGGAAGAUGCUGACCCCCGAGAUCCAGUACCUCAUUGACCUUGGGGUCAACCUGUGGGUCAUCAGGCUAUUGAAGUACAUCAGGGAGUUUCUUCGGUGGUGA